UCUCUAUCUCAAUUCUCUAAGCUCUCUCUGUCUCUCUCUCUCCUCAAUCAAACCAUGGAGUUAGCUUUGAGCUUGGGAGAUACACCAAAGCCGUUCACUUUUCUUGACAACACACAGAAGAUUGGUAACAAGGAAUUAGGGUUUUGCAUGGGCUUAGGAUCAGCUUCUCUGAACAUUAACGAAGGUAGUAGUAGUAGGAAAGAAGAGCUGAUGAGGAGAGUCUCAACAGAUCCACCGGUUCAGCUUGGUCUUCUUCCUUUCUCUACUACUGUUCAAGCUCGCAAGCAACCUUCUUCACAGCUUUGCUUUCCAUGGCUCACUGACAAGUUAAUAUCUGAACCGGGUUCAUCGGAUGGACCGGGAAGGAGGCUAGAUGUAAACCGGCUGCCACUGGCGGUGUUAGAUGAUGCGGAGGACGGGGCGGCCAGGUCGUCGUCUCCGAACAGCGCGGUUUCAUCAUUUCGGAUGGAUUUUUCAAUCUAUAGAAGUGGAAGAUCAGGCAAGAGAGAUUUGGAAGAUGAAGUUGAGACUGAGAGAGUUGGUUCAUCAAGAGCUAGUGAUGAGGAAGAGAAUGGCCUCACUCGGAAAAAACUCAGGCUUUCCAAAGACCAGUCAGCUUUUCUUGAAGAGAGCUUCAAAGAACACAAUACACUCAAUCCUAAACAAAAACUUGCCCUAGCAAAGCAGUUGAAUCUUCGUCCUCGCCAAGUAGAAGUCUGGUUUCAGAACAGAAGAGCAAGGACAAAGUUGAAGCAGACAGAGGUAGAUUGUGAGUAUUUAAAGAGGUGCUGUGAGACACUGACAGAAGAGAAUAGGAGGUUACAAAAGGAGCUUCAUGAAUUAAGAGCAUUGAAGACUUCCCAACCUUUCUACAUGCAGCUUCCUGCCACCACUCUCACCAUGUGCCCUUCUUGUGAGCGCGUGGCCUCCACCUCCGCUUCCGCUGCUGCCACCAACAACAAUGCCGCCGCCGCUGCCGCUGCCACCGCCGCCGCCGGCAAUACCACAUCUUCCCCUGCUAAAACAAGAUUACUUCCCUUUUCACAAGCCCAAAACCAUGCUCACCACGCUGCUUCAUGAGAAAUACACCAAUAUCAAAAUAUAGUUAAUUAAUUACUUUUUUGUAUAGGUAUAUGUUUUGGUUUCUAAUUUGAUCAUAUUGGGUUAUAUUCUUUUCUUCUUUUAUUAACCUUUUUUCAGUGAUAUUAAGAUUUCCAUAGUUUCUUGUCAUUGGAACUUUGCAGAGAUUGGAAGAGUGAUAUUUUGCCUGUGAUUUUACAAGCAAUUUUCAUUAGAAAAAAUGUUGUGUUAUUUGAUUCUUUUUCUAUUGACUGAAAUAUUAAUUUAGUGUUUGCAACCUCAUGUGUUUGAUCGAUCUGUUUUGUACUAAUAGCAAGUGUUUAUUUAUUUAUUAUUAUUUUUUUUUCAAAUCAAAAAGUAAGACUACGACGUACACAGGGCGGAGAGAGCCCGAGCAAGUGUAGUUCACAUGAUUAAUUUUAUUUCCUUGAGUUCACACCUGUACGUUUGACAACUACUAACAAUUAUGAGUCUACUCUAUUACUAGAGGCA